CCAUUUUACCGUUAUCUGUCACCAAGCCAUGAUGUUGUCGUGCAGUUGGAGGUAUGGAACCAGACGAGCCGCAGACAGACGUUACUGACGCUGAUGCCAGCUGGACACUUUCUACAUAUAUAUCCAUUCAACUGUAACCAUGACAACAAUGAGUGAUGACUAAAUUGACCAGGGGACCGUAUAUCGGUGUAUGUUGACACAGAAGAGGGUUGGAUUUGUAUGAAUAUGUGGUAAAUAUGCAUAGUGACUACUUGACCUUCAAGGAACAGGGAUUUCGGUGAUGUGGUUUUCCUGGAUUUUGUUUCACGGAGCUAUUUUCACUGGUCACAGGAUUUAUGUCAGGGAUUAUUCAAGUCAUUACCCAUAAGCUGGAGACACUCCAGUACAACUUGACAUGAGAACAGAAUACUGGUGUGGGUCUAUGAACUAAUCCCUGUUUACCGGUCACCAAGUGCUAAACGCAAACAUCUUCAGGCAAAGGCUUGACAAGGAGGGAGGAUUAAAGUUCACGUACGUCUGAGAGAGCAUGUCUUAUUAGUACGAUAAAAGGAGUGUCUCAUGUGAUAUCAAAGCUGCCUGUACUGUUAUAACGCGGGUUAUAGUGUGAAUGUAGGUAUACAGAACGUAGAUUUAUUGUGAAGAACGUUUAAUUUUUCAAAUCAUUAUAAUGCCUACGUCUGCGACUCGGCGUCAGUCCCCCUCUCGUCCCCGCACCUCCCAGAGCUCCGGGGGGAGACUGAGUGCCCGUCAGGCGGUUGGGAGGGAAGAAGCCCGGCCGGGCGAGUAUGAAAUAGAACUUCUAGAGUAUGAGUGGCCCGACCUGCCUCCCAUCCCAAACAUGAAGGACGCCAUCACGAGAAGACGAGUCAGCAACGGCAUCACGUAUCUACUUCCGGUUGACAAGGGUAAAAAUUCCAUCAACAGUCAUUUCAGGACGGACUUGCGAGCCAUGUUUCAGGAACCAUAUGCAAGUGAUGAUCUUAAAUACGAUGACGGUAGAGUUAAACUUAGUGCCAAGGUCCACUUCACUUCUAAUACAGCUGACACAAAAUGGACAAAAGAUCAUUUACGAUCACUUCCGGUUGAACUUAAUGCUAAUUCUGAGCAGGUCCGGAAGUUGUAUACUCGGUCGGCUCCUUCCAGUGCGUCUGCAAGUCGAAGGAUGGGCGUCGACCCUGGUAAGUUAAGAAAAAGGUCUAAUCUCUACCUGCCAAUUAAGGCACGGGUUCCACCGGAAGCAAUCAAGAUCAGAAAAGAAGUAGAGAAAAUCAUCAAGAGCGUGCAAGAGGAUGAUGGUGAAUAUGAUGAAUCCAAGGGCGCAGUCCACGAGGACAACGUUGAAGACACGACUCACGUCCCAGAAAGGAGAAAAACACUCGUCUUUGACGACAGCAUGGUAAUGGAUGGUAACCAAAGAGUGUCUUCCCUGACAAACAGGUUUAAAAAGAUAGAUUCUCCCUACGGGAAGCAACAUUUCAACUCAUACGAAGAGUUACGGAGAGCUAAACCUCCACGAAUUACAAUCCCCGUCGCAUUUAAGUCGCAGUUUUUGUCGGAAGAGAAGAACCAAGAAAUCUGGGACUGGUUACAUGACGGGGAUGCGCUGAACGACUUUGAGUACUUCCUGUCAGUGUGUGGGUGAGAAUUCUGUGUGUUGGUGACCUUUCGCCACAGCUACAGCAAAAGAAUGUUGUGCGUGUCCAACUGAACCUGUUCCACAUGCCUGUUUACGUACCCUAUGUCCUCCCAAUGGAUAUCCCCAUGCCUCUGAAUCUGAAUCUGACGCAAGUAACGAUAUUUCUCAAAUUAUUUGCAGAGCGGAUAUAGAACAGAAUAUCGACGAAGGUCAGGAUGGGUAAGCGCGCGUGUUGAUGUUCGGAUAAAAGUUGCGUGAAAAGCACUUUAUUUAUACCCCAGACAAUACCGGACUGGAUAUCCUAUGACGGGAGUCGAAAUUACCAUGUGUUUGUUCUAUCUGCGAUGGCCCCUUCAAUGCCGUUAUCCCAGAGGUGACUUUGUUGAAUUGAUUGAUUGUUUGUUGUUUUACGCCGCACUCAGCAAUAUUCCAGCUAUAUGACGGCGGUCUGUAAAUAUUAGAGUCUC